AGAUUUUUAAUGACUAUCUGCUUCUAAAUUUGGUCAAAGAAAUCACUACAGAAUCCUCGUUGGUAGAGCUGGAACGAGAGUACACGGCGGACAAUAUCUCAAGUCUGUGGAAUCUAGACUUUCGUUGUUUAUGAUUUUUCGAAAUGGAAAUAAUAUUUUCAGUGCGUUUUUAAGAAGAUCUUUUUUAGGAAGCAGUCUUAAAAUACGAAAUAUAUAAACCAAGAAAUAGACCAUUUGGAAUUCAUAAAGCUAUCGAUACCUCAAUAAAGGUGAAAUUAAAAAAACCAGGAGCACUUCUUUAAAACCGACUCCGAAGACCGCUUUCGCUAAAUGCCGGAUGUAAACAGGGUUUUAAGUAACCAGAUCGAUGGCCGUGUAACAAGAGAAUUCACAGUAGCUAUAAAAACGCUCGGGCUACCUAUUUAAAUAGUGAAAUUACGGGAUAAAAACCCAGUUGGAUUUUUAUCAGUAGUGAAUGCAUAUUCCGUACUAGAGCCGCGUUAAAUAAUGUUGGAGCAUUAUCUGGGAGGACAUUGUACAGAAUGAUACAGCGUGUUGUCUCAAUGGUAGAGGACAUUGCACUUGGCUAGCCAGCGCGGAGAGCGGAGUGUCAGCGAGCGAGCGAGCGCCGUCAAAUUCAUGCACGCGGCAUAAGUCAUUGUUAUCCUUUCUUCGCUUGUUUGGUGGAGGAUUUAAAACACCUUUUUGAUGAUUCGAGACUUGAGCAAGAUGUACCCACAGGCACGGCAUCCGGCACCGCACCAACCCGCCCAACCCUUCAAAUUCACCAUAUCGGAGUCGUGCGACCGUAUCAAAGAGGAGUUCCAGUUCUUGCAGGCGCAGUAUCACAGUCUGAAGCUGGAGUGUGAGAAGCUGGCGGGGGAGAAGACUGAGAUGCAGCGCCACUAUGUGAUGUAUUAUGAGAUGUCGUACGGGCUGAACAUAGAAAUGCACAAACAGGCUGAGAUCGUGAAGCGGCUCAAUGCCAUCUGUGCGCAGGUGAUUCCCUUCCUGUCUCAGGAGCACCAGCAGCAGGUAGUCCAGGCGGUGGAGAGGGCGAAGCAGGUGACCAUGGCCGAACUCAACGCCAUCAUCGGGCAGCAGCAGCUCCAGGCUCAGCAUCUCUCUCACGGCCACGCCCUACCUGUCCCGCUGACCCCCCACCCCGCCGGGCUGCAGCCGCCCACCCUCCCGCCUGUAGGGGGCAGCGCUGGGCUCCUCGCCCUCUCCAGCGCCCUGGGAGGCCACCCCCAGCUGCCAAUCAAAGACGAAAAAAAACACCACGACAACGACCACCAAAGAGACAGAGAUUCCAUCAAGAGCUCCUCGGUGUCCCCGUCGGCCAGCUUCAGGACUGCCGAUAAGCACCGGAACUCCACCGACUACUCCUCCGAAAACAAGAAGCAGAAAACCGACGACAAGGACCUGGCCACACGCUACGACAGCGAUGGGGAGAAGAGCGACGACAACCUGGUGGUGGAUGUUUCCAACGAGGACCCCGCCUCGCCCAGGGGAAGCCCCGCCCACUCCCCUCGAGAGAAUGGAUUGGACAAGAACCGGCUGCUCAAGAAGGACCCUCCCAUCAGCCCCGCCUCCAUCGCCUCCUCCAGUAGCACGCCCUCUUCCAAAUCCAAAGAGCUUAACCUGAAUGAGAAGUCCACCACCCCGGUGUCCAAGUCCAGCACUCCCACGCCACGCUCUGACGCCCCCACCCCCGGCAGCAACUCCACCCCCAGCCUGAGGGCCCUGCCGGGGAAGCCACCCGGGGUGGAGUCCCUGGUUCCAGGUCUCCGCACCCCGAUGGCGGUUCCCUGCCCGUACCCCGGCCCGUUUGGCAUGGUGCCCCACGCGGGUAUGAACGGGGACCUGACCAGCCCGGGCGCCGCCUACGCCAGCCUGCACAACAUCUCCCCUCAGAUGAGCGCCGCUGCUGCUGCCGCCGCCGCUGCUGCUGCCUACGGACGCUCGCAAGUGGUUGGGUUCGAUCCGCACCAUCACAUGCGCGUCCCCGGGAUCCCGCCCAACCUCUCCGGAAUACCGGGGGGAAAACCGGCGUACUCCUUCCACGUGAGCGCGGACGGGCAGAUGCAGCCGGUGCCCUUCCCUCCGGACGCUCUGAUUGGCCCGGGCAUCCCGCGCCACGCCCGCCAGAUCAACACGCUGAGCCACGGGGAGGUGGUGUGCGCCGUCACCAUCAGCAACCCCACCCGCCACGUCUACACCGGCGGCAAGGGCUGCGUGAAGGUGUGGGACAUCAGUCACCCCGGCAACAAGAGCCCCGUGUCCCAGCUCGACUGCCUGAACAGGGAUAACUACAUCCGCUCCUGUCGGCUGCUUCCAGACGGGCGCACCCUGAUCGUGGGGGGGGAGGCCAGCACGCUGUCCAUCUGGGACCUGGCGGCCCCCACCCCCCGCAUCAAGGCGGAGCUCACCUCCUCCGCCCCCGCCUGCUACGCCCUCGCCAUCAGCCCCGACUCCAAGGUCUGCUUCUCCUGCUGCAGCGACGGCAACAUCGCCGUCUGGGACCUGCACAACCAGACCCUGGUCAGGCAGUUCCAGGGUCACACAGAUGGGGCCAGCUGCAUUGAUAUUUCUAAUGAUGGCACUAAGCUGUGGACGGGAGGUCUGGACAACACUGUGAGGUCCUGGGACCUGCGAGCCAGCAAGGGUCGCCAGCUCCAACAGUCACUGACUACCCACCUCAACAGCAUCUUCUCUCUGGGGUACUGUCCCACCGGCGAGUGGCUGGCCGUGGGGAUGGAGAACAGCAAUGUGGAGGUUCUGCACGUCACCAAACCCGACAAGUACCAGCUACACCUGCACGAGAGCUGCGUGCUCUCCCUCAAGUUCGCCCACUGUGGUAAAUGGUUUGUGAGCACUGGAAAAGACAACCUACUGAAUGCCUGGAGAACACCUUAUGGAGCCAGUAUAUUCCAGUCGAAGGAGUCUUCCUCGGUCCUGAGCUGCGACAUCUCUGUGGAUGACAAAUACAUCGUCACCGGCUCGGGGGACAAGAAGGCCACCGUGUACGAGGUCAUCUACUAGAGGGACUCCUCCGUGCCUGAGCACUUUGUGAGCUCUCUACGGUGUGAGACUCCACUUUUCUGACGCAUGGAUUUGUAUAAGAAAACGUUUUUUUUAAAAAUAGGAAAAAAAAGAGGGGGGUGGGGGUGCUCCCCAUGCGAACCCUGCCCCGCCCCCCACCCCCCCCACCUCCCACCCCCCAAAGAACAGAAUGCUGGCCUGGGGUUGACCCCCAAACCCUGCAGGCGGAGUUUGACUGACCCAGCUCUUAUGUACAGAACCAUGGAUUUCCGCUUUUUACUUCUUACAAGGAGAACAUUAUAGCCCCGCCCACAGAAUGCCACGCCAGCACUCUACUCCAAUCAGUGAACAGGAAAGGUUUUCAGGGCAGUUCAUCUCCAGACUCUGCAUGAAGUUCUGAUCUCUCUGAACGCCGAAUACUUCCCCAGCACUGUGGCCCGCCCUCCCCCCGCACUCCCGCCCCCCCCUCAGAGAGCAGCCAGGUGAGGGAGGAUCACCUGACCUGUGCUGGGGGAGGACAGACAGACAGCUACAGACAGCUACAGACAGAAUUCGGCUGUGUAAUGGGGAGUAACUGACACUGGCUCCCCUGGUCGAGGAGCAGCCCGAUUCGAACCGGGCCUGCAUGAGUUCUACACUGGACGCGCUUUGAAAAUCUUUCUGAAAAGACACUAUAUUUCCUCUGCCAUUCCUAUGUAAAUAACACACCCAUUUUUUCCCUGGAACAAUCCGCGCAUUGAAUGCUUUAAGGACCCAAGUGUGUGGAUCUGCUGGUGCACAGUGCCUUCGCUGCUGGAGGUGGACUGGUGGACAUGGGCAUCACUGUGGUAGUGUGCUGGUGUUGGUGUUCUGUCCGUUCCGAUGGUAGAUUCUAGAGCGCACUGACAGCCUUACACUCACGCACCUGAACGCACCUGAACGCGCCUGUACACGCCUGUACUCUGGACCGGGCUGCGGCAACACUGUAGCACUUCGGAAUGUGACCUCAUUAUUCCCCUUCCUGUGUUUAGGGCGUGGCCUGGGUCAUGUGACCCAGUCAGCGUCAGUGCUGGAACAGUAGAGGAAGUGCAGCUGGGUGCUCAGGAAGAACGGGUCACACCCGCGACACGGACGCCGCCAUUCCGCCGUGAAACAUCGUCACCUCGUCCGCGUGCCGGUGCCGUACCGCGGCCGGCUGCUGGAGGGCGCCGUAGAGCUUUGGCGGCCGACGGGCGCAGCUCAUUACGCUGCACAGCCAGAGUGCUGAGAACACAACAUUCCGCUUCAUUAGCGUUACUUAGCAACGACCCAUUAGCGCCUGCACCAGUGCCGCUAACCUGGUCCGUUGGAGCGUUCUCUCCAGAGCGCCCGCACACGGGUCAGCGGUUGGGUGCGGUUCACGCGACCCACGGCCUCCUGCCCUGCCCUGCCCUGCCCUGCCCUGGCGCUGUGUGUUUACCUGCUGAAAACAGUCAUUCUGGGGACGUCGGAAAAAGGUUUAUACAAUAACAGGUUGUACAUAGUUCUAACAGAAACCUCAGCCUUCUUUUUGGACAAACAAACAUAAAUAUAUAUGUGCAUAUGUGUGUGUACAUGUACAUGUAUGCAUAUGUAUGUACUGUAUAACUGUGUGUGCAUACAGUAUGUGAUACAGUGAUCAACUGAAACAAUUUUAUGAUAUUUUAAGAAGUGCUUUUUUUUUCUCGACAUGAUGGAACAGACUCAAACAGGGAACUAACCACUGUCCGAUUUUUAAAAUGGUGGCUUUCCAGAGUUGCUACCUGAAGCUUAGUAGCUGUGAAAAGGGGUGAGAGAGCGGCUCUUAGACACAGACGAGGAACGAAGAUGAAGUUUAACAGCGCCUGUAAUUACAGAACAGGCUCCGGGGCCUGGAGAGGAACACUGGAUCUGAAAGCACACUGUACAUCACCCACUGGCCACUCGAACUCCGCCUUUUAUAACCCCUCUCCCUUUGUAUAGCUCCUCCUCUUUCCGUUGCCCCUCCCACUUUAUUAACCACUCCUCCUUGUAUAACCCCUCCUCCUGGGGGAGGGGUUAUGGAGUCAGACAUGUGGUCCUCUGCAGUAAACAUGUGACCAGAUUGUUGGAGUGUAAAAGGACGAUGAUGAUGAUGAUGAUGAUGUGGAUGUGUCCAUUGUGAGGACAGUGUGUUUGACACAUGCUCUGUCACCUGCCGGAUAUCACACCUGCAUAAUGAGCUGGAUGGAUGGGGGGGAUGGGGGGGAGGGGGGGGACUGCAACUGCUCUUCUGGUCUUAAAAGGACCAUGUGAGAAUAACUGAGGUGAAUAUGUAUAACAGUUGUACAUAAGCAAUGUUCUUUUCGUGUAAUCGUUUACAUAAGACUAUGUAAUCAAAGCAAAAUGUUCUGGAAAGCCCUGCCUCUAACCAUUCACUGCAUAGAACAUGAUGAUUGGUGUAAACGAUGUUACCCGGAGUCGUGUUUAGAUCUCUGGUUUUCUACUGUACGUAACACUCUUAAAGACCUCACAAGAGAGCUCCUGCCUCAGCUUUGGUAUUGAAUAGUUAAGACACUAUUUUAUAAAUGGAGAAAAAAACAUGUACGCUUAUAAAUGAAACUACCUGUUGCUAGUUGUUACUGUUUUCUUUAAUACAAAAUGCAUUUUGUCUGUUUUUUCUAGUCUGUGUCUAAAUUUAUUAAAAUCCUGUGCAGAGCUA